CUGAUCUAAACUGUUCCAUUGUAGCUCUGGCUGGAUGUUUAGGCUUGUUGUUGUGCUGUAGUGCAACCUCUGCAUUUUUAAACGGGUGUUCUCUCUGCAUUCAUCUCCAUCAACUCUGACCGGCUUCCCUGUCCCUCCUGAAGAGAAUCGUAGUGAUUUCACUUCCCAUGGUGUUUUCAGGCGAAUGUGAAGUGUUAAGUUUAUUUAUUGUUUUCCAUGUUGAUCAAAAAGGGUUUGUGGAGAGCUGCGUGUCAAACAGAUUCUUUCACGUGAGAAGCAGCUCCUCCAGAGGAACUACAGGCCUUUUUGUCAUAUCAUCCUCUUCACAUUCUCACACGAGGGAUUGAACAUAUUUUUGAACUUUCAGGUAUAUCUUACCUAUCGUUUUCCUUCCACUCAACUUCCCAUUAAUAUGCAAGAAGAGCCAGCUUCUUGAGUCAAGAGCCAGCUUCCUGAGUAACUCAGCCUCCUUGUUGAAGAUGAUGUCCAAAAGUGACGGCGGUGAAUAAUCGGGUCUCCUUCUGUUUGAUCCCUGUUGAUCUGUGUGCGAUGCGCCGUGGAAAUUCCCCCCCGUGUUGCUGUGCUUGCGCUGCCUCAGUGGAAACUCUUCCCCGUUAAUCCUCUGCAGUAAUCCAGCUUCAUUAUCUCAUUGAGGUCUGCAGUCCAACCAUGUCCUCUCCUUCACGCAGGUACCGCGCUCCGGAGCUCCUCCUGGGGACGAAGACUCAAACUACAGCUCUGGACAUGUGGGCAGUGGGCUGUAUCCUGGCCGAGCUGCUGGCCCACAAACCUCUGCUGCCCGGAACCUCGGAGAUCCAGCAGGUAGACCUGAUAGUGCAGCUGCUGGGGACGCCCAACGAGAACAUCUGGCCGGGUUUCUCUCAGCUGCCGCUCAUCGGUCAGUACAGCCUGAGGAAGCAGCCAUACAACAACCUGAAGAACAAGUUCACCUGGCUGUCUGAUGCUGGACACAGACUGCUCAACUUGCUCUUCAUGUACAACCCACAGCGCAGAGCGACCGCCAAAGAUUGUCUGGAGAGCUCCUACUUCAAAGAGAAACCUCUGCCCUGCGAGCCGGAGCUGAUGCCGACGUUCCCGCACCAUCGAAACAAGCGAGCCGUUGCUCUGGCGGAGAGCCAGCCGAAGAGGAGGAAGAGCAGCAAGGUCUGAGGAUGAUUACUGCCCCCUGGUGGGGAGCUGCGGUGUCACACUGGAGGCGAAGUUCAGGGGGAGAAAAUAAGACUGCUAACGAUGCGUCGCGCAGUUUUAAAGCCAACUUUGUUAGUGUUGACGUGAUCAAAACCAAAAGAGCUGAAGUGGGCUAAAUUAUCAGAUGUGUAACAUGACAAGAUAACUCUGUUUUGUUUUCUUCAUUUUUACUUGCUUCCUAAACACAAACGGGUACAUUUCGUGACAUUUUUCAGUGUUUAGAUCCAAUAUUUUUAAUUUUUAAUUAAUUCACAAUAAAUCAGAACCUGGUAAAGUGUUUCAUGGUAAUUAAAGAAAAUAUUUAAAGAUGUCUUUUUAUUGUUUUUGUUUGUAUAAAGGCCUUUGUUUUUCUUCCUUGGUGCAUUCUGCCUCUAUAAUGAACAGUAGUGCUUUGAUGGGCACAGUGUACAUUUAUGAUUAAAGUUUUACAGGUUGAAAAACCACCGAGCUGUAAUGACUGGACAAAUACUAACCUGCUGGGUUGUGUCCUUUUGUAUUGCAUGUUUCAGUAAAAAUGUCAGUGUA